CCACAGAUGUUCUAUGAAAAAUGUUACAUUUCAAAGGUGAAUAAGUCGACAACAACAUUAACAAUGCACCAAAAACUGCUGCAGCCCAUCUACACUGCUUAUUGCAACAUCUCGGUGAUACAGCUCUCGAACAGCCUCAAUCGUGUGUGGUACAAAUUCACCAACAUCGAUGCUUGCGGUUUCUUCAAGAAGCGCCGUAAUCCAGUGCUGAGAAUACUUUUUUCAACUUUCCAAGAGUUCAGCAAUAUCAAUCAUACCUGCCCGUAUAAAGAUUACCUAAUAUUCAAUGACUUAGCUAUCGAUGAUCGAAAGCUAGCUCCCAUACCAGCUAUGCCCGGGGACUAUGUGGUACAAACAGAUUGGCGGUUGAACGGGAUAAAUACGGCACAAGUCAUUGUAUUUAUUCGUUAUACUCACUCACAAAUAGUCUUACAUUGGCUGAAGAUGCAUUCUGCAACACUUUCGACCUUUGUUGGCAAUCGAAUUUCGGAAAUUCAGGAUUUCACUAAAGGUGUUUAUUGGCGACAUGUGCUAACUCAUUGUAACCCGGCGGAUGUUGCGUCUAGUGGACGUACCGUAAAGGAACUUGUUGUUUUGCACUAUAAACAUGAUGAGUUAUCAGCACUCUCACCACAACAGUUGCAUCACGGCUUAUGUUUCUUUACUGGCGUGGAAACCGCUUACGCGCAAGGUUGUGCCUUUUGA